AUGUCCUUCACCCUGUCAAACCGCUCGCCCUCGACGGCCCAGGGCAUCAACUCCUUCCGCCACAACUUCCUCAACUCGUCCACCAUGCUCACGCUCAAGCCGAUCCCGGCAUCCGUCAUGGCGCCCAUAACCGCCGGUCCAAUCGUCAUUGGCGAAACACCUCCUGGCGACCCGUCUGCCUUUGAUAUCAACAAACUCGGACCAGACGGCUCCAGAAACCACGACUACAAGUCUCCUCCUCGCCCCGAAACCCCUGACGAUUCAACAAGAGACGCUGCUGAUCUUCGGGGCAUGCUGUACCACUGCUACACUUACAAGAACCAGUGGGAUCGAGCUUGCUAG